CCCCUGUUUAUAAAGUCAGCUACAGUUGAUGCAGCGAACGGUACUUUAACCUGUAGCCUACAAAUCAGGAUGAUCAGCUGGUCAGCACGCUGUGGAUCAAAUCUGUCACUAUGGUGACCGUCAGCGCAUAAAAGUCCAGUCUACCGGUGGCACUAUGUGAAUAUACUGUACAUUCUCUCAGCAUCUUGACUAAGCAACUAAAGGAACUGUGGAGGAGAGGGGAUUUUUUUGCGAAGCUCUUUCUACCAUUUGGAACUUUUUUGGUUGGUGAAACGUGUUUUAGGCAUCAGUCCCAGUUGACUGAUAGUUUAAAGAAGAACGAACUAAUUUACACAAACUCACCCAUUUACGGUCAACUGCGACAGUCAAUGAUGUUCAUCCGAAGCUUCGUUUUUGUAACUUUUUGUCAUUAUUUCGUUCUUCUGUUGAUGUGUCAUCUCCCUCGGGCGUCCGCUCAGAAGUCCACUGGUCCACGGUGGCUGAUAGGAGACAGGGAGACCCACUGUGGAAUCAUCUGUUCCAGGACACAGGGCAAGCCGGUGUGUGGCUCUGAUGGACGGAGCUACGAUACCGGCUGUGACCUGCAGAGGGCGCGCUGCAAGGACCGCUCUCUGACGCUGGCACACCGCGGACGAUGUCGAGGUAAAAACUCGGUGAGGAUUGACCAGCUUCCAGUAGUUCCUGCUCCAACAUCAGUCUCAGAGGGGAAGAACCUGGAACUGGAAGAUGGAGGCCAGUCCAAGUGCAGGGUGGAGAGGAAUCAGGCUCUGGAGCAGGCUAAGAGACCUCAGGAGUCCAUCUUCAUCCCAGAAUGCAACGAGGACGGAACCUUCGCCCAGGUGCAGUGUCACACUCUGACAGGAUACUGCUGGUGCGUCACCACCGACGGCAAACCAGUCAGUGGUUCCUCCGUGCACAACAGGACCCCUGUGUGUUCAGGAAACUUCCGUGAAUUUAUGGGAACUCAUGCUGGGACAAGUGACAAGUUGUCAGGGUCAGUAACUGAUAAACCAUCUGGACCUCCUAGUUCCGGGAGAAAAGUCUCUUUCCGUUUCUUUCUCACUCUCAACCCAGAUGAUGGCUCCAAGCCCACGCCCACCAUGGAGACCCACGCACUGCCAGAUGGGGAUGAGAUUACGGCUCCGACCUUGUGGAUCAAACAGCUGGUUUAUAAGGAGAGCAAACAGAACAGUUCCAGCACCAGGAGACCAGAGAAAGUUCCCUCUUGUGACCAGGAGAGACAGAGUGCCCUGGACGAGGCCCGUCAGAACCCUCGUGAGGCCAUCUUCAUCCCAGACUGUGGGCCAGGGGGCCUCUACAAGCCUGUACAGUGCCACCAGUCCACUGGGUACUGUUGGUGUGUUCUAGUAGACACAGGGAGACCCAUACCAGGCACCUCUACCAGGUACCAGACCCCAGAGUGUGACAGCACGGCUCGUUCGAUGGUCUCCGACGUUGAAGAUCCUUUCCAGGGCCGAGACCUGACAGGCUGUCCGGAGGGUAAAAAAGUGGAAUUCAUUACCAGCCUUUUAGACGCCCUCACCACAGACAUGGUCCAGGCCAUAAACUCACCAACCCCCUCUGGUGGCGGGAGGUUGACGGAGCCGGACCCCAGCCACACUCUAGAAGAGAGGGUGGUCCACUGGUACUUUACCCAGCUGGACAACAACAGCAGCCAUGACAUCAACAAGAAGGAGCUGAAGCCUUUCAAGAGAUACGUCAAGAAGAAAGCCAAGCCCAAGAAAUGUGCCAGGAAGUUCACUGACUACUGUGACCUGAACAAGGACAAAGCCAUCUCACUUCUGGAGCUGAAGGGCUGUCUUGGGGUCAGCAAGGAGGGUAGUUCUGUGAGCAGCAUCAACCAAGGGACAAGGCAAGGGAUUAAUUUGUUCAUAGGUCGUCUGGUGUGAGGAAGGAAGGCUCCAGAAGCUGAGAGGAGAGCAGAGGGAAGGGUUAGAGCAGAGGGAAGGGUUAGAACAGAGGGAGAGGGAAGGGUUAGAACAGAGGGAAGGGUUAGAACAGAGGGAACAGAGGGAAGGGUUAGAGCAGAGGGAAGGAUUAGAACAGAGGGAGAGGGAAGGGUUAGAACAGAGGGAACAGAGGGGAGGGUUAGAACAGAGGGAACAGAGGGAAGGGUUAGAACAGAGGGAAGGGUUAGAACAGAGGGCACAGAGGGAACAGAGGGAAGGGUUAGAACAGAGGGAACAGAGGGAAGGGUUAGAACAGAGGGAAGGGUAAGAACAGAGGGAAGGGUUAGAACAGAGGGAAGGGUUAGAACAGAGGGCAGAGGGAAGGGUUAGAACAGAGGGCAGAGGGAACAGAGGGAAGGGUUAGAACAGAGGGCAGAGGGAACAGAGGGAAGGGUUAGAACAGAGGGAAGGGUUAGAACAGAGGGAACAGAGGGAAGGGUUAGAACAGAGGGAAGGGUUAGAACAGAGGGCACAGAGGGAACAGAGGGAAGGGUUAGAACAGAGGGAACAGAGGGAAGGGUUAGAACAGAGGGAAGGGUAAGAACAGAGGGAAGGGUUAGAACAGAGGGAAGGGUUAGAACAGAUGGCAGAGGGAAGGGUUAGAACAGAGGGCAGAGGGAACAGAGGGAAGGGUUAGAACAGAGGGCAGAGGGAACAGAGGGAAGGGUUAGAACAGAGGGAACAGAGGGAAGGGUUAGAACAGAGGGAACAGAGGGAAGGGUUAGAACAGAGGGAACAGAGGGAAGGGUUGGAACAGCGGGAACAGAGGGAAGGGUAAGAACAGAGGGCAGAGGGAACAGAGGGAAGGGUUAGAACAGAGGGCAGAGGGAACAGAGGGAAGGGUUAGAACAGAGGGAACAGAGGGAAGGGUUAGAACAGAGGGAACAGAGGGAAGGUUUAGAACAGAGGGAACAGAGGGAAGGGUUAGAACAGCGGGAACAGAGGGAAGGGUAAGAACAGAGGGCAGAGGGAACAGAGGGAAGGGUUAGAACAGAGGGAAGGGUUAGAACAGAGGGCAGAGGGAACAGAGGGAAGGGUUAGAACAGAGGGAAGGGUUAGAACAGAGGGCAGAGGGAACAGAGGGAAGGGUUAGAACAGAGGGAAGGUUUAGAACAGGGCGAACAGAGGGAAGGGUUAGAACAGAGGGCACAGAGGGAACAGAGGGAAGGGUUAGAACAGAGGGAACAGAGGGAAGGGUUAGAACAGAGGGAAGGGUAAGAACAGAGGGAAGGGUUAGAACAGAGGGAAGGGUUAGAACAGAUGGCAGAGGGAAGGGUUAGAACAGAGGGCAGAGGGAACAGAGGGAAGGGUUAGAACAGAGGGCAGAGGGAACAGAGGGAAGGGUUAGAACAGAGGGAACAGAGGGAAGGGUUAGAACAGAGGGAACAGAGGGAAGGGUUAGAACAGAGGGAACAGAGGGAAGGGUUAGAACAGAGGGAACAGAGGGAAGGGUUGGAACAGCGGGAACAGAGGGAAGGGUAAGAACAGAGGGCAGAGGGAACAGAGGGAAGGGUUAGAACAGAGGGCAGAGGGAACAGAGGGAAGGGUUAGAACAGAGGGAACAGAGGGAAGGGUUAGAACAGAGGGAACAGAGGGAAGGUUUAGAACAGAGGGAACAGAGGGAAGGGUUAGAACAGCGGGAACAGAGGGAAGGGUAAGAACAGAGGGCAGAGGGAACAGAGGGAAGGGUUAGAACAGAGGGAAGGGUUAGAACAGAGGGCAGAGGGAACAGAGGGAAGGGUUAGAACAGAGGGAAGGGUUAGAACAGAGGGCAGAGGGAACAGAGGGAAGGGUUAGAACAGAGGGAAGGUUUAGAACAGGGCGAACAGAGGGAAGGGUUAGAACAGAGGGCAGAGGGAAGGGUUAGAACAGAGGGCAGAGGGAACAGAGGGAAGGGUUAGAACAGAGGGAAGGGAUAGAACAGUGGGCAGAGGGAACAGAGGGAAGGGUUAGAACAGAGGGAAGGGAUAGAACAGUGGGCAGAGGGAACAGAGGGAAGGGUUAGAACAGAGGGAAGGGAUAGAACAGUGGGCAGAGGGAACAGAGGGAAGGGUUAGAACAGGGGGAAGGGCUAGAACAGAGGGAAGGCAUCUGUACGCUUUCUGACUGACAGUAAAAGAGAAAGAUGGAGCAGAAAGAUGGAGCAGAAAGAUGGAGCAGAAAGAUGGAGCAGUUCCUGUACAAAAAGAAGAAUGAAAAAAAACAAGAGAAAAUAACACAAGAAGUGGCGCCAAAAUAUUUGCACUUUCUCCUCCCGAUGUUUGACUUUCUAUCUGUUUUGACAUGUGUUUGAUAUUUUCUAGUGUGUCUUAAAAGGUCUCUGUAAGAAUAAUACCUCUUCUUCUCAUUGUUAACCUUAAUGUGUAAAAGUAGCGAGACAGUUAUCCCCUGUAAGGUUCUUCACUGGGACAUUAUCAAUGCUUCUGGUUCUUCACUGGGACAUUAUCCAUGUUUCUGGUUCUUCACUGGGACAUUAUCCAUGUUUCUGGUUCUUCACUGGGACAUUAUCCAUGUUUCUGGUUCUUCACUGGGACAUUAUCCAUGUUUCUGGUUCUUCACUGGGACAUUAUCCAUGUUGCUGGAUCUUCACUGGGACAUUAUCCAUGUUUCUGGUUCUUCACUGGGACAUUAUCCAUGUUUCUGGUUCUUCACUGGGACAUUAUCCAUGUUUCUGGCUCUUCACUGGGACAUUAUCCAUGUUUCUAGUUCUUCACCUAGACAUUAUCCAUGUUGCUGUGUCGUUCUUGCAACACAACAUCCUGUCAUUUCAUAUAACAGCACACGAAAGUAGAAGCACAGUUAAAUGUGUCUUCCAACACGGCAAACUUUUCCUAUAAUGUGUAUCCGCCAGUCCCAAUGUUACUCUGUCAGCUGUGAGGCUGUGUUCCCUCUGUUCUGUCUCCUUAGUAACACUGAUGACAAGAAGAAGAUUUUAUUUUAAACGAGCUGCAGAACAACAGCCUCAGUUUGCCCUACAAUAAACUGCUAAACUGUAGUUGUAACCAGCGGAAAAACAACGACAACCCGUUAGAUCACCAGUUACCCGACGAUCAUGUCUUUUUUUUUUUUUGUGUGUUGUUGUGUUCACGAACCCCCCAGGGAAGACUAGCAGUUGUCAUAGCGUCCUGGGAAACCGAAAGAUGAAAGUUCAGAGUUCAGCUGCAGAAGUAAAGGGACUCCAUCUUCCCAUAAUUCACCUCUUCAGAAGUCCAGUAGCUGUGUGUGAAGUGUUAUUUACGUUGGUCCCUGACUGGAGAGGCUAUACGUACAGGAAGUAAUGCACAAAUACAAGCGAAUGUCUUCCGUAUCUUUUGUUUUGUAAAAUGUAUAUGAACUGCAAUAUUCAUUAUAUGAAAUUGAUAUGGGUGGAAAGGAAACUGUGAGACUGACCGAGUUAGGUUUAAAAGUAUUUCUUUAUGAGUCAUAAUAUUGAGAGGUUUAAACAUGAAACCCCUGACACUGUAUAUUAAAUCAAACAGAAGGUGAUUUAGGCAGAACAGACACUGAACAGGCCAACAGAGUCAGAGAGAGAGAGAGAUAAGGGGGUGUAUUCACUAGGAACCAAACAGAAGCAAACAGGACGAAACGGGGAGGGACCCUGCCUGAAUUUGUCCAAUAGAAACUCUUGUUGUUUUUUUUUUUGCUACGGUGUGCACUAAUGAAUACACCUCGGCUGAAAUUCCAUGUCAGAAACACAUAGAUUUUUUUUGGGGUCACGUUUUGUCUGUGGUCUGUUAUGUUAACCCAUUAGUCCUAAUAAUAUGUUACGGUUAACCACAGGUCUGAUAUCACUUCAACAGUGGCGGAACUGACGCAAAAUGUCACCGCAGUCAUAAUUUACAAAAUAAAAUAAAAUACAAAAUAAAAGACUGACGAAAAAAAUAAUGAUAUCCCCCCCCCCCUCAUAUGGAAAUUGUUAUCUUUCUAAAUUCAGAAAGAUGAGGUUUGUUUAUGUGUGAUUGUGAUUGUUUAUGUGUGUAUUUGUUUGCUUAUAUGGACUUAUCCCUGGAAGCCAUACACUGUCCCCGUGGAACUAAAGUAAGAGGGAAGGCUCUCAAUGUAAAUAUGUAUCAUAUUCUGUUGUUGGUUUCCUUAUUUCAUUGUGGAGCUUUUUUGGACUAAACUUUCUAAAAGCAAUACCAUUUUUUAUUUUAUUCACAUCACGACAAAUUAGCGGUACUAAAUGUACGUAUUACACAUUAAUAUAGGACCCAAUCUGUUAAGACCAUCUCUACUUUUUGGAGUGUAGACCUCUCCCACAGCGUUUGACUUCCUGUGUGUAACAGGUGUCGAUGUGGUUGCUUUGGACACGGGAAGAAGAAUCUCUCUAAGGGGAACAACAGCACAUUUACUGACCCCUUCUGGUGAAAAUAUAUCACUGCUUUUAGAAAGGGACCGUCUGAAACGUAAGCAUCUAGUUCCAUAUAUCUUUUAGACAGGUGUGUUACAACACGAGGACUUUACUAAGCAAUAUCUUUUAGACAGGUGUGUUACAACACGAGGACUUUACUAAGCAAUAUCUUUUAGACAGGUGUGUUACAACACAAGGACUUUAACUAAGCAAUAGCUUUUUUCUUUUGACCAAGCCAAUUGACUUCCAUAAUUUGAAAUAAACGUUUUUAAAGAA